CACCAAGUUUGAGGCAAUAAUCCAAUGAAACCAAAAUUUGGAUAAAUAUUUCAAGACUCUUGGCUGGGAAGGAGUCGGCCUUGCUCAAUUACAAAGUUGGAGACACCUGGUGCAUUUGGGAACGACUCAUUUUCUUUACAACUUGCGAAUUAGAAAAGGGGGUGGGGAAAAGAGAGAGAGUGAGCGUACUCAGCCAUAUACAACUUGAAAAGCUCAGACAUUGAGGAUUCAAGUCAAAGGGACCAGCUUCAACUUUUCCCCAUCCUUCCCAGACUCUACCUCGUGUUCCUAAGGAGAAAACAGGACUAACAGCCUCAGAGGUCUCAAAGAAAAUCAAGGACUCAUUUUUCAUAACUGCCUUCACCAGCGAGCACAAAGCCACAUUUCAAGAGACUGACAAAUUAUCCCCAGCUGCCAGAAGGAGAAAUCCUUGUUGGAAUCCUCCUGCUUCCUGUGGAUUGUCACCUGACUGGCUGCAAAGAUGAAAGUUUUCAACAUGGUCGGGGGCGUGAUCUUGUUUGCCUCUCUGUUUUCAGCCUGCUCUGGGCAAAAUCCCAUGACUGUGCUGUGUUCCAUUGAUUGGUUCAUGGUCACGGUCCACCCCUUUAUGUUGAACAAUGAUGUCUAUGUACACUUCUAUGAGCUGCACUUGGGCCUGGGUUGCCCUGCCAACCAUGUUCAGCCACAUUUCUACCAGUUUACCUACCGUGUUACUGAAUGUGGCAUCAGAGUCAAGGCUGUCUCUCAGGAUAUGGUUAUCUACAGCACUGAGUUGCACUAUGCUUCUAAGGGUACCUCCUCUAAGUAUGUGAUCCCUGUGUCAUGCGCUGCCCCCCAACGGUCCCCAUGGCUUACUCUACCCUCUCCCUUGAGAACAGCCAGCGAUAGUGCAGCCGCAGCCAAGAAUGGUGACACAUACUACAGCGUGUUCAGCUUGUCACAGUCCAGCGAAAGGCCCAACUGUGACUGUCCACCUUGUGUCUCUAAUAAUCGGCGUACCCCGGCCUCACAUAACCAAGUAGAGGCUGAGGAGACCCAUCCUGUGCGGUCUUCUUACUUUCUUAGUGUUUGUGAAGACUGGUGUCUUCCCUCAGAUGAUCUGAUUGAACCCAUGUGAUAAGUAUGGGGUCUCUCCUGAAGAUGCCAUUUCUAGAAUUAGUUUGUAGUAUUUUCUGAUAUCAUAUAAAUAAAUGCCCUGUGAUCCUCUUAAGAGCAAUUUUGAGAAAUGGCAACUCAUGAUAACUUCUUGAUUUUGUAUUUUUAUACCUUUAUAAAGGAAAAAAAUAAAAUUCUGGUAGAAUGAAAA